AAAUAUUAUAAGACAAUAACUUUACUACAUUUAUAUAAAACAGUAAUACAUAGUACAUAGUAAUAAUUUAAAUCAUGUUGAACAUUUUAAGAAGUAAAUUUUCUCCUUUCAUGGUACAAAUGCACUACUUUUCAUCUGGGAUAGUAGUAAACAAACAGCUCACAAAGACAAUGAAACCUAUAAUACUUUAUAAGACCAAAUCAAACUUAUGUUCACUUAUUCAAAAUCGCAGUUUUGCUGGUACAUCUCCACCAUUAAUUAUAGAUAUUAAUUAUGAAAGAUUGAAAAAGUUUAUUAACCAAAAUGAAGUGUUAAUUAUUGAUGUACGUACUAAAGAAGAAUUAGCUGCGACAGGAGUUUUACCAAAUAGCUAUAAUAUUCCACUCGAUGAGUUAAUUACUGCAUUUGAAUCAACACCUGAUAAAUUUUUAGAAAUGUACAAUAUUCCUAAGCCAGAUAAAGAUCAAAAAAUCGUUUUUUCUUGUGCCAAAGGAAUAAGAAGUUUAAAAGCAUGCCGUUAUGUUGCAGACUUGGGUUAUAAAAAUCUUUUCAAUUACACCGAAGGAUGGUUUGGAUGGGAGGCACACAAAUGAAUAAAAAAUAUGCCUUUUAUAUGGGUUAGUGUACUACUCAGUCAGCCAGCAAUGUAUCAUUUAAAUACCACUACGGUUUAAGGUUUAAACCAAUUCUGUUCACUUACCUUUUCAUCAAAGAAAUUCUGACGAAAAUUAUUGAAAUUCAUUGGAAAUAAGUACAAUGCUAAUUGAAAAGUGAUUUAUGUUAUUGUGACAUUGAAUAAGUGAUUUAGUAGAUAUAUGUAUAACCUCAUAUUAAUAUUAUCACGUAGACUAAUAAUAUAUAACCAAAAAUGGUGUUUGAAUAUUUUCAGAAUGGAGACAGUAAAUAUUGCUUUAGACUAACAUCAUACUUUCAUACUUCCAGAAGAAAAUUAUUAUAGCAUUUAUUUGUAUGGCCGUAUGGGUACUGUAAGGGUAAAUUAUAGCCUUGUAGCAACAUAAUUAUGUAAUUAUUAAUUUAUAUGUAUCACAAUAUUAAAAUAAUAAUUUGAUUAUUAAUCUGUAU